GCGUGAUGUUUCUUUAAGACCUGUGGGUGGAAAUGAAAUCGGCGGUUGCGGAAGAGAUCAAUUCUGCGCAGAGCUUCCAAUUUAGAGAUGGAAAAAGUCGUCGAGAGAAAACGGUUCAAUCGGACACAAAGUUGGAGGAAAAAAAAAAAAAAGAAAGUCUUUCAUGGUGAAUGGGCUUGAAUUCGGCACAACUCAACAGGCCAUUUGGUUUUUAAGUGUCCCUCCUUCUCUCUUUUCCAGCAUGGUGAGACGGAACCUCGGUCCAUCCACCCGUUCCGUUUAUCUCUGCCUGGCCUGUCUGUCCGUCGCUCUGCACGUCAUUCUAGCAUUCUUUUGUCUCGCUGUCCUCCAAACAGCCUGCAUCCUUCCCAACCCCUCUUCCUCCUCCUUAAAUCCAAGAACAGAAACCGAGAGGCAUCACCGGCUCUCUUCCCCUACACAUAAACUAUCAAUCAGUUCCCAGAAUGACAAGCCUUACAAAUCAAAUGCGACCGGAAUGCCUGCUGCCAUUGACCCAGAGAAGAAAACGAUUGGCGCCGGAAAAGUAAAUCGAGUCACCGAAGAGGCCUCGAAGCUGCGGGCGCUUUUCGAGCACCCGCUGUACAACCUGCCAGAAGCGGGGCUGCUUGAGGAUGAUUGGCUGCUGAGGGUGAAGAAAAACGAGGACGUGGGUGAUGAGGAAGACAUCAAUAGUGACAGCCAGUGGGAGAGUGAAAGUCACGAGAAUGGCUACGACAAAGUCUCAUGGACCAACGACGCCGAGUCGCACCCACCCUGGUUGCGAUUCCACUUGGGCAUCACUCGGUGGGCGCUGUACAACAGAAAGGAUGUCACGGUGUCAAAUUUAACUCAUUACUUGGCAACGCAACGUAUCCUCGGAGCAGUUCAAAAGUCAGGAGGUACUCAACUCAAACUGCUGAUGUCUUUCCCAAACUACGGACAAGCUCUGCUCAAACCGAAAAAACAAUCCAGAGACGCAGAGACAGACGUGAACCUCUUUUACUUCUCUGACUUUGAAAGACACAAUGCGGAGAUCUCAGCUUUUCACCUUGACAGGCUCCUGGGCUUCAACAGAAUCCCCCCAGUGGUCGGUCGUCUCAUCAACGUCACCAGUGAGAUCAGAGAGAUUACCACCGACCGCAAACUGUUUCGCACCUUCUUCACUUCCCCCGCGGGGAAUGUGUGUUUCUAUGGUCAGUGUGAAUACUACUGCUCGACAGAGCACCCGCUGUGUGGGCAACCGCACUCACUGGAAGUAUCCUUGGCAGCCAUGCUCCCCGACCUCAGACUUGCUCCUCGCAGGUCUUGGAGGUCACCAUGGAGACGAUCCUACAGCCGCACCAAACGGGCCCAAUGGGAAAAAGACCCUGCAUACUGUGACACUGUCAAACAGACGCCUCCCUACAACCACGGCACCAGACUGGUGGAUGUGAUCGACAUGGCUAUUUUGGACUUCCUCAUGAGCAACAUGGAUAGACAUCACUAUGAGACAUUUGAGAAAUUUGGCAAUGAAACUUUCCUGCUACAUCUGGAUAAUGGACGAGCGUUUGGACGACACUCUCAAGAUGAGCUAUCAAUUUUAGCUCCCUUACAACAGUGCUGCAGGAUCCGGCGCUCCACCCUCCUUCGGUUGCGUCUCUUGUCCGAUCCAGACUUCCGUCUGAGUGAUGUCAUGCGACAGUCGUUGGCCCAGGAUCCUCUUGGAGCUGUUGCUCCACUCCUGUCCGAGGCACACCUUGCUGCUUUGGACCGACGACUAGCAACUGUCCUGCAUGUGGUGAAGACCUGUGAAGAGCAGCACACUGAUGUCAUUUUCAAUGACUUAGGACAGUACAAAAUAUAUGAGCAACAAAUAAAAUAAGGCAAAAACAACGGGUCUAA